UCAUUUGCAGGGUUUGGCCUUCACGAUAUUUUCCUCCUGGAGGAGGACCACUGUAGUCAUGUAGUACUUUAUGGAAUUUGGCCAUUUUUCCCUCUGAAAUAACAACUUGAUGGUCACACUCUCUCAUUCUGGUCACGGCAAGUUCAACACUUCAUGUCAAAGAACUCUGAGAAUGUGAAAGCAAUAAUCGCUGCUCUACAUAAAGAUCUUCUAGGCUAUGUCGCAUAAAAUGAGAAUAAAAUGUGGGUACAUACUCCUUGCCACAAGGCAGAAUGCACAGGUUCGAUCCCAGUUUUGUUAAAACGAGGACACAUGGGAGGAUGAGGUCCCUGUCCAUCCUUGCCUCCACGAUGACCACUGUCUUUCUGAAGAAGCUGAGGAUGAACGUAAUGGACCUAAACCGUAUUAAGUAUGUGUGGGUCUACCUCAAACGGAAGGUUGAAGGAGGAGAUGGAUGAAUUGAAGAUGAUUCUGGAGAUCAGUGAAGCUCCAGUGAACUCCAUCCUCCAGAGAAUUCUCACUGCAUUAGGUACAGUAUGGAUUUGUGUGGACAGCACAGUUAUUCAAACUUUUUUUUUUCAUGAAACUGUUGUUUGUUUAGUGUUGUCCCGUAAAAAUAUAUAUUUUUGAUACAUGAUACAUUUAUACACUGUACUGUGGAGCAAGCCACCCCGUGUACUUUACACACAGUCCCUUGACUGCAACAGUAAUCUCCGCCUCUCUACCUCGCGCACACACCUUGUCAAAGCAGCAGCUAGACAGCCAGCGGCAAGCAGCUCGAACCACGCCGGAGAACGAGCACCGCUGGCCGGCCAGAGGCGUUCGCAACCUCGGCGGAAGUGCUCCAAGAGUAGAAGACAAUUUUUUUUUUGGAUAAGAAAUGUAUUGAAACCUCUCAGCUUGCGCGACAGCGAAGUGUUUCCCGGUUCCAUUCGGAAGUAGUGAAACCGGUGUCGGUGAGUUUAGGGAGGGAGAUGCAGUUGUGUAGCCGCUCGGUGCGCCGCGGAGUCCGACGCCGAUGCUGGUGAUGCCCGCCGCCGCGCGGGGAUCGCCAGCGCCCAGCAGCAAUAGCGGGAGGAGGAAGCGGAGGAGGAGGGCGGCGAAACAGGGCGGUCGAAGACGAUGAUUUUAAGCUUGAUAUCAUGGCUAACGGAACCGGUACUAUCAUGUUAAAAUGUGUCGUGGUCGGUGACGGCGCUGUGGGGAAAACGUGUCUUCUCAUGAGCUACGCCAAUGACGCCUUUCCAGAGGAAUACGUCCCAACAGUUUUUGAUCAUUACGCAGUGAGCGUCAAUGUCGGAGGAAAACAGUACUUGCUGGGACUGUAUGACACAGCCGGUCAGGAGGAUUAUGACCGGCUGAGGCCAUUGUCCUACCCGAUGACCGAUGUCUUUCUCAUCUGCUUCUCUGUGGUUAACCCUGCCAGUUUCCAGAACGUGCGUGAAGAAUGGGUGCCUGAGCUGCAGGAGUAUGCACCCAGCGUCCCUUACCUGCUCAUUGGCACCCAGAUUGACCUGCGUGACGAUCCCAAAACCAUCGCCAAACUGAACAAUAUGAAGGAGAAACCGAUAGCGACAGAGCAAGGCCAGAAGCUGGCAAAGGAGAUCGGCGCCUGUUGCUACGUGGAAUGUUCGGCGCUAACCCAGAAAGGCCUGAAGACCGUGUUUGAUGAGGCCAUCAUUGCCAUUUUGGCUCCCAAGAGAAAGAAAGGAGCUCUGAAGCGAAGACUGGGGCCCCAUUGCAUCAACUGCUGCCUGAUCACAUGAUACAUAUACACACGCCCGUCAUUUUAGCGGAAAACUACACACGUGUCUUGUCUUGGACUUCCGGAAGGAUGUCAAUUGAGCAGAGACAACGAAGAGCGCUGAAGGGAACGCCAACGCAAUGACAGUUGAUGACUUGGAAAGAAGUUUGUUACCAGGAGCACAAAACCCAAGACUCUUUUAAUUUUAUUUGUUAUAAUCGAUAAAUUACAUUUUAACUAUGAGAGAAUGUAUGUUUGCGCUUUUUUUUUUUUUGCUUGAUUUAAAAAAAAAACGACUUCACAAUAUGAAUAUAUUCACUUUCGAUGCCAUCAAGAGAAGCACAGAGAACACUCAUGCCCAGUUUUCUGAAUUUGCCAAACGACAACCGAUACUUUAAAACAGGGUUUUAGUGUUAAGUAAAGCCUUCCCAGGGAGUCACCGGGAGAAGCAACAGCAAAAAAGAAGAAAACCAAUGUUUUCAAUUUUUUGUUAUGCUACGAUUAAAGUUGCUUUUUAGCUCCAUACAGUGAGCGACUAGAGCUGGACUUUCCAAAGUGGGGCUUGGAAGGAUCAUUUGCGGAUUUAUUUUUUGUAUUAUUGGCCCACAGCACAUUAAAAAAAUAUAAUUUAACAUUAAAAAAUGUUUUAUUUAAUUUUACAAAAAAAAACAAAAGCAACAAAGGACAAAUCUGCAGUAAUUUUAGAAGAAUAUAGUCAAAAUAUUACAAGAAAAAGUCACAAUUUUACAAGUGUAAACUCUGAAUAUUACAAGGAAAAAUUAUGUAAUUUUAGUAGCAUGGAGUUAAAUAUUUUUUUUAUGUCAUAACAACAAAAAAAAUUAAGUUACACUUUUUGGAAAAUCAUUUUGGAUGAAAAGUUUUAAUGUUAUGUAAGGUUGUAAUGAUUCAUUUUAGUAACGAUUCAAUUCGUAUCUUGAUUCACGGUUGACAAUACGAUUCAACAACACAACAUUUGAUCAUUGCAACGAUACCAUAAUGAUUAAUUUUAGUAACGAUUCAAUUCAUAUCUUGAUUCACGGUUGACAAUACAAUUCAACGACAAUAUUUGUUCAUUGCAACGAUACCAUCCGAAACGAUUCUGUAACUUUAAAUCGAUUCAGUACCUUUUUAGUAAAAAAUUCUACCAGUGUGACCGUGAAAUACAUAUCUGGAUGCUAGCCAGUUUUUGUAAGGGUAUACAUAAAUGGUAUAAAUGAAUUAUGGAUAACAAUUAACGGCAAAUACUUUCACAUAAUUUUUGAAUGAAGUGUAACCAACACUUCAAGUUGGAUUAAAAGGUUAAAGUAAAGUUUAAAAAAUGGGAAAUCUGAAUAUUUUGAGAAAGAAAUGUACAAUAAUGUAAGAACAUUGGAAUAUUAAAAGUAAUACUUAUUAUUUAUAUAUCAAAGCUGAUAUGCCAUUUUUUCUUCAAAUAUGUUUUUAGCACAAAAUAUCAAAUAAAUCAACCUUGCAUGUGGGAAAACGUUUGGAUUAACCCAAAAAAAUCUCCAGAAAACACACUCCCAAAAUUUUUAUUUUUUUUUUAUUUUUAAGACCCCUAGAAAGUGACAUGUUGUAUCAACAAAAUAUUUUGGACCUAGAGUUGUCUAUUUUUAAAGUUAAUAUUUCAUUUCAAAUGUUGGUCAUGCAUGUGUGUUUUACUUUGAAAAAUGACGCAUAUUUAAUUCCCAAAGAAACAAACGCACACAGACUGUCAUCAACAUCGGGUGGUGAAAAUGACCUUCUACUGUACUUUAUAUUAAAGGUUCCGCAGAUGAAGCACAGUCCUCUGUUCUUCAUAAAACACUGCCCCUCUUGCAGGCACAAACCUGACCAGUUUCUGGAUCUCACAAUUCACACAGUGGGGGGAAGUUAUGACUCGAUCCUUGAUUGUUCUAGGACAGGGGUCGGCAACCUUUACUAUGAAAAGAGCCAUUUCACCCACUUGCCCACUAAAGAAAAAUAGCCUGGAGCCGCAAAACGUUGUAUGUUUAAAACAACAUUGGAGGGAAAAAAAAAGACGAGUUGGAGUACUCUUGCUAGUACUGGAGAUAAACUUUUGUUUUUAAAUGAGCUCUAAUUUAUUUUUUAGAAUCGUCAAAUAACUCAUUAAUAAUAAUUAAUAACUCAAAUAACUCAAAGUAUUACUCAUUUCCCUUCAUGUUAACCUGUCAGAGAGAACUGGAUAGCAUCCUGUCAUCUCAUUCAGUCACCAGUCAGAACUCAGUCAGGAUGCAUUCAUGGUCUCACACAAAGUUGGAUUUUUGUAAACUCAUAACAAAGACGUGCAUUUUCACCACACGGGUGCUAAAAAAUAUUCAAGCAUUGCAAAGGGAGCCGCAACAAAGAGGCUGGAGAGCCACAUGCGGCUCUGGAGCCGCGGGUUGCUGACCCCUGUUCUAGGAUGACCACCUUACAAAGGUUCAAAAUUAUUUUGUAUUCAAUUUGAGUGAAAUAAGUAAUGGUAAUGGAGUAGGAAGAAGCAAAGCUUAUUAAAUCCUACCCCUCCAUCUGGUACUUUUACAAUCAGUAACUGUUACAUUUGUUCACUUCCUGCUUUCCAUAAUAGUUUUUUUCUGUUUUUUUUUUUUUUUAAUAAUUGUACAAGUAUUUGAAGCCGUAAGUAUUUGAGGCCUGGGCAAAGUGUGAUUUAGUACUUGGUGGGAAAACCCUGGUUUGCAAGCAGAAGUUGGACAUUCUUUGUUCAGUUCUUCACCAGGUGUGAUUGUUUGUAUUGUAUAGCUUCCAUUUUUUUUCUUUCUCACCAAUGACUGAUCUGUGCAUAAAAAGAUCUGUUCUGUUAUUAUGAAAUCAGAUUACUACUCCCCACCCCCCCACCCCCCACCCCACUGUGUAUACCGUAAAUUAAAUCAAGCUCCAGGAUUUUUUUUAAUAAUGCAUGUGAUUGAAGUUAAUUGUAGCUUUUCAGACAAUGGAAGGUUUUGCAAUAAACUGUGACGAUUCUGGCUGAUGACCAGAAUAAAUGUUAAAAAUGUUAAAUAUAAUUCCCACUCAUUGACUGCUAUAUUAAUAUUACUUAAAAAACACAUGUUUAAUUUGCCAAUACUCCAGUCAUGAAUUGAUCUAAGGGUUUAAAAUGUAUACUUCAUGUUAUUUUAAUUAUGUGGCAUGACGAUGCCUCCAGAUGAUUGAUGUGUAAAGUGCAAUUUCAUUUUUUUGUAGUUUAUUUUCAAAGAUAAUCAAUGCAGUUUAAUAGUUUACAUUCAAUCGUAGCAUUUUUAAAACAAAUGUUUCAAAUGAAAGAAGGAAAUUGUGAAUGAAAGCAGCCAAAAUAAGAAAAUGCCAAAUGGUGACUGGUGGAUUUGGAGCUUUUUCAACUGCCUAUGGUGUUCAGGUUCAUACAUUCAUACUUUUUAUGUUGCAUUUACCAGCCCAAAGGAAACUGCACUAGUGUUUUAAAAAUGAACUUUGAGCUUGUACGCCAAAAAUAUCCACAUUUUGUUUAAAACACCAACCGUAGCAAAAGAACUGUUUUGCUCCCAAUGGACUCCAAUGAUCUGAGUGAUGCUUUCAUGUAAACGGUGCUCCUUUUCUCUACUCCAGUCUGCACGACUGUAUUGUUAUUCUGUGUCGUGGGGUAGAUAGCGGGUCAGAUAACCUUUUCGCCAGCUUAUCCCGGGUCAGGUUCCGUCUUCAGGACCUUGGCCCCCAAAGCGCUGCAGCCAUCGGUGCAUUGAUGCUCCUUGUCUACUUAAUAAAAGUGUUAACUGUGUUA